AUGCAGAACAUGACCAGGCGCUUUGGUCGCAUGACGACAAAGUCAUCUGCAGAUGACAGCCAAAUUGCUGUGCUUCUCAAAGAUUUCGACGAUGCAGAUAUGCUCCUAGGCAAGAUCGUACAAUCUACUCAAGCCUGGCGAGAUGCUUGGGUUUCUAUCGCCACUUACCAGAGUCGCCUUGUCGAUGAGUUUGACGGCCUCUACGGUCCUAUCAUUGGUUCCUCGGAGACCCCGUCCAACCACAAAGCUGUGGAUACAGACCCCAUUAGAUUAGCUCGGACAAAUCGACUGCGGAAGGAAUAUGACGGCCUACGCACCGACCUCGUGGAUGAGCUCGGUGCUGUCGAUACCCGCAUGUCCCAGCCGGCUGCGCAAGCGAAGGAAUCCCUUGCACCGAUGAGAAAAACGAUCAAAAAGCGAAAUGACAGGAAAACCGACUUUGAAAUCUGCCAAGGGCGUGUUGAUAGCCUCAUGAAAAAGCCGAAGCGCACCGAUCGCGAAAAUGUGAACCUAGCCAAAGCAGAAGUCGAACUUGCCAAUGCGAAAGAGGCUUACCAAGCUGCCGACCAUGAUCUACGACAGCGACUCCCUACAUUGAUCGCUCUCAUAUUCUCCCUGACGCCAUACAUCCUUGAAGCACAGGUUGAGAUUCAAAACCGCAUGCUUGCACACUAUUACACGGUGCUUCUUACCUACUGUGAAGAAGAGGGAUUCCCUUCCCCGCCAGCAGCCAUGGACAAAGUUGUUCAAGACUGGGAGUUUGCCUUCAAGCCCACGCAAGCCGAAAUCGAAAACUUUGGUUCCCUGGCCCAAGGCAAGGCCAUGCGUCGAGCUACAGUCGGCCAGGAGAAUAAGAAACGCCCCUCAAUUGGAAAUCGCAUUCACAGCACUGCCUCAUCGACCUCGCUCUCGGCUUCUUUCCGCCGCGGAUCACAAACACCAGGAUCGUCAAGCCAGACACCCUGUGUACCAGAAUCCCCCCCCUCCCCACCCCUGUCAACCAUUGGCCACAAGAGCAGCGCAAUUCCUGUGGGAAACACCACAGGAUCCGAGCCCCUCUUGACGGGUAGCGACUACUUUGACCCCCCUCGUCCGACACUCAUGCCAACCCCACAAGCCACUCCCACUCCAUCAGGCGUCGCGAGAUCCCCAGCUGGUCCCAACAUAGACUCUUUCCAGGCCAAGGUAUCACCAAUGGCCGCCGCCAUCGGGAAGAAGAGACCCCCACCACCGCCGCCGCCGCCAGCAGCUUCCCGUCCAGUGUUUGUCACGGCGCUGUAUGACUUUGAUGGCGAGGGGAAUGGCGACCUGAGUUUCCGGGAAGGGGACCGCAUUCGCGUCGUGCGGAAGACGGAUAGCACCGACGAUUGGUGGGAAGGCGAGUUAAGGGGGCAGAAGGGACCUUUUCCAGCCAACUAUGUUGAAUAA